UUUGCCAGCUGUAUAGCUGCGUCACCUGUUGUUAUGCAGAGCUAGCUUGGAGACGUCCGUAUCCGGGGGCAGACAGUCACAGUCCCUAAUUCGGAAGGAUUUGACCGAAGCGAAGUAGAUUCGGACUGGUGAUCGGGUUGGAAUUGAGCCGUAAAUAAAGAUCCUUUAUCCAUGAGUCCCUGACCGUGAUUGCAUUCGCUGCCUAUAUUAAACUUCCGGAGGAUGGGUCUAACCGGCCUGCAGGGCCUGGUUCUGUUGCUGCUCUGGUCUCAGACGGAUGCAGAGGUGGGAAUUCUUCAUGCAGUAGGUGAUGGGACACCACCACCUACAAAAGACUACUGCAUCACAUAUAAUUCUUCAUGGACAACUCUUGCAACAACUGUUUCCAGUGCUACAUAUUAUGAACUGAUUAACCUGAGCAUCAUCUGGCUGUGUAGUGCUUCAGAGCUUCCAGCUACAAGUGUGAAGGACAAGGCAGUGGUCGUACAGAAUGGGAACUGUUCGAUCCUUGACAAAGCUGUGAUUGCACAGGACAAGGGUGCUAAAUUAUUGCUGAUUGCCAAAAAGAAUGGAUUGCCUAUUCCAAAUGAGAACAGAAGUUCCUAUAAAGAUCUGACAAUCCCUAUUGCCUUUAUUCGAUAUAAGGAUGUAAUGGAAAUUAACCAGACUGUUGGAAACCAUAUUAAAGUGGGCCUCUAUUCUCCUCCGCUACCUCUCUUAAAUUACAGCAUGCUGAUAAUCUUUCUAAUUUCUGUAUUCACUGUGGCUCUUGGAGGUUAUUGGAGUGGACUCUCAGAACUAGCGGACUUGAGACCCUCCUCACCCAGUUCUAGUGAAAGAGAAGGAAGAAAACAGAAUGAUGACAAUGUGACAUUCACCCCUCUAACUGUCAUCCUGUUUGUGGUCAUAUGUUGUGUCAUGCUGCUGUUAUUGUAUUUCUUCUACAAAUGGCUUGUAUAUGUCAUCAUAUGUGUCUUUUGCUUGGCUUCGGCAAUGAGUUUGUUCAACUGCCUAUCUGCAUUAAUUCGAAAAAUCCCAUUUGGAAACUGCAGGGUUUUCUGCUGUAACAGAGGCUUUGAAGUAAGGCUUAUUUUUCUAGCUGCUUUCUGUAUAGCAGUGUCUCUGACUUGGGCAGUAUUCCGAAAUGAAGAAAGAUGGAUUUGGAUAUUACAGGACAUUCUAGGAAUUGCAUUUUGCCUCAAUUUCAUUAAAACCCUAAGAAUGCCAAAUUUCAAGGCAUGUGUCAUACUUCUUGGCCUCCUCCUUUUGUAUGAUGUGUUUUUUGUCUUUAUAACACCAUUCCUGACAAAGAACGGAGAGAGCAUUAUGAUUGAAGUAGCAGCUGGCCCCUCAGGAAAAUCUGAAAAAAGUGAUGAGACCAUGGUGGCGGUCCCCGACGAAUUCCAUUCAACACAUGAGAAAUUACCUGUGGUGAUCAGGGUACCUAGGCUGGAUUACUCUGCAAUGCAAUUAUGUGAAUUAUCUUUCUCUUUGCUAGGUUUUGGGGAUAUAAUUGUUCCUGGCCUUUUGGUAGCUUAUUGCCGAAGGUUUGACGUACGAACAUCUUCAUCCUGCAUCUAUUUUAUUUCCUGCACAAUAGCUUAUGCUGUGGGGAUGGUUUUGACCUUCGUCGUUCUGACAGUCAUGAGAAUGGGACAGCCAGCUCUCCUAUAUCUAGUACCUUGCACACUUCUCACCAGCUCAGUCAUAGCCUGGAGGAGAAAAGAAAUGAAGAAGUUUUGGAAUGGUGGAGGCUAUGAGAUAAUGGAGCACACGGACAAUACUAUCAAUGAAGAAAAUGCAAUAACCGCUGGUGAUCAAGAAACACAGUAAUUUAGCUGUUUUGUAUUUGCACAUAUUACUUUUGUAUAAGCACAUAAUUCCUGCCAGGUUUUGUUUUUAGAUAUGUUUAGAUAUGAUUCUCACUUUUUUCCCCCCCAUAUUCACCUUUAACGCCUUAGUUGCCAGUGAGUGUUGCAGUGCGUCGCUGUGCAGUGCGUUGCAGCUCUCUGGCAGCCAAGAAGUUAAGAAUGGAAAAAAGACAACUGUGAGAUGUUUAAGGGCAUACAAUGUAAUUUGCAAACAUUUUAAUGUUUUAUUUUUUGAUAUAUUUUUAUAAACCUGUGUUUACUGUAAUAUAAGAAAAAAUAGGGUUUGCCAGGAAGACUGUUUUCUAUAACAUUGUGCCUUAUGACCAAUAUUAUUGAGCAAUCUAUGCAAUAAUAAAACUGCAGUGAACUCUAUGUGCUUAAUAUAUAGUCAAGCUUGUGCCAUUCUGUAUUUGUUUCCACAUGUAACCUUUGUUCAAAUCUCUUCAUACUGAUAUAAUACAUGACAGUUCUCACUUUGUGUCAGGCAAUGAUAAUACUGAUAUUUAUCUUAAAGUUUCAAAAUCAUUGGUAUAAUAUGCACAUAAUAAUCCAUAUAUAUCUGAUUAUUAAAGGGACAUAAAACCAAAAUGUUUAUUUCAUGAUUCAGACAGAAUGUACAAUUCUAUAAAACUUUUCAAUUUACAGCUAUUAUAAGACUUCCUUUGUUCUCUUGGUAUCAUUUGUUAAAAAAAAGCAGGUAGGUAUGAACAGGAGCAUGCACAUACCUGGAUACCUUUUUGCAAAAAUAAGUUUUAAUAAUGUUAUAAAUUUGCAAGAUAUGUUCUUUAACAAAGCAUACAGAAAGAACAAAGCAAAUUUGAUAACAGAAGUAUAUUUGAAGCUUUUUAAAAUGCAUUGCUCUAUAUGAAUCACUAAAGAAAAAUGUUUGGUUUCAUGUCCCUUUAAAAAUUUGAUAAAGUAAAUUUCAUAGACAAUAGGCAGUUUACCAGUUAAAGAAACAAGACAAGAAAACUGUCCCAUUGCAACCAGUAUAUCACAUAAUCUAAAUAAAGAAUAUAUAUUUUGCGUAAAUCAUUCACUCUCUGUCAAGAGUAUUGACAAUAAUUUUAUUUUAUUUGUUGUCUUAAGAAAACCAAUAGCAUUAGCUAAAACAUUCUGAUCCUUCUACAUAACUAAUAUAAAAAAUGUGUUGAGUAGUAGUUCUCUAAAUAACAUGUAAACUAUGAUUUGUUGGCUAAAACCUUCCAAAAUCCUAUUCAGUUUAUGCCAAACAUUAAAGGUUCGGUAUCUUUUAGAUUUAAAAAAUUAUAUAUCCAUAAAUUCUUAUUUUCUUAUAUAAAAUGCCAAUGCUAAAAAAAAUCUAAAUUUUGUCAUUAGUUUACCUGUCUAGGCAGAGAAACUAGGUACUUGUUUGUAUCAAAAAAGUUAGUUAUAAUUAAAUGUGAGUGAAAUAUUUCUUUUACUCACUAAUAUGCUUUAUGCUUAAGAUUUUACAAAAAUGGAUUCACAGCAAACAAUAUAGUGUAUAUAUAGUGUCUCUAAAUAUGGUAGCAAUGAUAAAACUCUAAGGAGCUUUUCGCAUAAAAUCCUGGUGAGAAUAUGCAGUGAUGUGCAGGGACUAUAGAUGCUUUUUUCCAUGUAAACAUUUGGUUCUGCAUCUGUGCAAUAAGUUUCGUUAUGUGGCACCACUGAUUUUACAUUUGCACUAUUAUUUUGCAGAAUGAUUUGACUCAGAGAUACAUCAGAGUUUUGUGUACUUUCUGUUGUUUUUUAUUACAUAUAGUUAAAUAAUCCUCAUAAAUUGCUAUGUUCAAAUAUUUAUCCUUCCCAUGUGAUAUGUAUUCAGACUGCAACAAAACUGUUUUUUUAAAUUGUUAAAAAAAAAAAAGCUAUAUCUUUUGCUACAUAUAUGGGAUUUCUAAAAAUGUCAUUUUAUAUUUGACGACUUCUGGGUAGUUUACUUUUAAAUACUAACCAGCAAGGCUGAAAAUGCUGAUUCAUUUGUUCUAUUUUUGACUAAAACAGUUUAGAUUUAAUAAACAUAUAAUUUGAACACAA